AUGCCGACGUAAAUGGAGCCCUUAUCUGGGAACAACAAGACUGGAGGGGGUGCCUUGACGCUGACAACACCGCUACAGAGUGGUACUCGUUCUCUCUCUCUCUCCCUAUGCUUCCAAGUUUCACCAUGUAGUAAGCUCUCUCUCUCCCUCUCUCUCGUUUGGCUUGACCUCCAUGUUUCUCAAGGCAGAUGGUGGGAAAGAAGGGAAGUUGCAACCGGUUGCACAGGAAUCUCCUACUACCUGAAGCUUGAAUACAUCAUCCCUUUCAAUAUACUCUCGCUAUUUGGGCGACCCGACCAAAUUCACAUAGAAAUUGCUUGUUUUGUCACUUAAACUGAAAUUAGGCGAACUAUUAGAAUUUUAGCAACAAGGAAAUGGCGGUGCGAUUUCUGCAUAGUGCACUUUUAACAUAAGCACCAAUUAACUAUCUGUGUCUUGCACAGCUGCAGAGGCCCGAUUACCAAAAUAAACAAGGUGGAAAAACGGUGAGACAGGGCCACAAACAUAAAACACCAAACAAAAGUUGAGAGAGCUCAGAGGAGAGAAACACGGUGUGAUGAUCAAAGUGUCCCUUCUUCGCUUGCAUCUGGGGCCUGUUUGGUUUCAAAGCACGCUGCGCCCAUCUAACUUGAUUUCAAGAUGUGGAGACAAGAGGUAGAGGGAUCAGGGAAAUGAUACCCAAGGACAACAAAGUGCUGCUAUCAAAUGCACAUCACAGCGAUGGUCCCUGGGAAGGCGGGCUGCAGCACCCUGGACCCUCUGAAGACUAAUUUAUUGCCUCUCUGAGAUCUCCUCCGAACAGCACAACAUAAAAGUCUCCAACUCUGAUGAUGGAUUCAUAAAGGCGUGCUUAGCAUGCGUCGGUCGAGGCUACCCGGGGCCACAGACACACAUAAGCAGCAUAGUGAUGUCCAAGAUGGCGUAGCAGUGCGGUCGUGUAUUCUGUGUUGUGCUCGUGUAAAUAGCCAGUUUUUUUGUUUCUUAUCGUAUAUAUUUCUCAAUCUCACUUUUCAUCCUUCAACUAAAUAUACUUUCCUGCAACCCGCCUCACCCAAUGUGGAACGGAUUCUAUUACUUCUUAUACCUUUUUAUCCAGAACCUCAGGCUGAAGCUAGCCAGCUAACUAGCUACUUGCUAUUAGCCACUGUUAGCGGUUUUCACCAUUGUCCGUGGCCUGCACUACCUACCAGCCAGCUCUAGCCUGGACAAUUAUCGGCCAGUCUGCAGAGUCUGCACAGCGCGCUAUCGACACAGAACAUAUCGGAUUUUCUGCCGGAAUCACUGAAUCACUGGACCUUAACACCGGAUCAUCACAACUAGCUAGCUGCAACCGAAUGGAUGUUGUUGCUGGCUAAUCACCACUACCCCGAAGCAAGCACCAGUUAGCCUUGAGCUAGCCUUGAGCCAGGCCCAUCUCCCGGCUAUCUACCUCUCUGUCAACCGGAUGGGACCUCCUAGUGUCGACAUGGAGCCCCGCCGAUCCAUCACGAAUGGUCUGCCGACGUAAUUCGUCUGAUGUGGUUUCAACAGGCUUCCAGUUGCGACGACCACUAAGAUCCAUCUGCUAGCCCCGGCCCGCUAGCACACACAAUCAACAGCCGUGCCUCCUGCUCACCUGUGCCGUAGCAGCCAUCAAACUGCUCCCGGACUCACCUAUCGCUGUUCACUGGACCUUAUGAUCACUCAGCUACACAGCUGAUGCCUGCUGGACCAUUCCUUUACACGGUACCCCAUCCUGUUUAUCUGUCCUGUUUAUCUGUUUAGCCUCAGCCCAAACUUUCGUCGCCAUUACCAGUUGUUGUCUUAGCUCUCUCGAAUAACACCUGUGAUUGCUUUAUGCCUCUCUCCCAUUUCAAUAUGCCUUGCCUAUUGCUGUUUCUGUUAGUUCUUAUUAUACAAUUUCACUGUAGAGCCCCCAGUCCCGCUCAACCUGCCUCAGAUAGCUCCGUUGUCCCACCCCCCAUACACGGAGACCGGCUCAAUCGGUGCCUCCAGUGAUGCUAUCUCUUUCAUCUUUACCCAACGCUUAGGUUUACCUCCACUGUACUCAUAUCCUUCCAUAUCCUUGUCUGUACAUAAUGCCCUGAAUCAAUUCUACAACGCCUGGAAAUCUGCCCCUUUUAUUCUCUGUACCCAACGCACUAGAAGAUCAGUUCUUAUAGCCUUUAGCUAUAUCCUUAUUCUACUCCUCCUCUGUUCCUCUGGUGAUGUGGAGGUUAACCUCCAGUAGCCCCCAGUAUCACUCCUACUCCCCAGGUGCUAUCAUUUGUUGACUUCUGGAACCGUAAAAGCCUUGGUUUCUUGCAUGUUAACAUCAGAAGCCUCCUCCCUAAGUUUGUGUUAUUCACUGCGUUAGCACACCCCGCCAACCCUGAUGUUCUAGCAGUGGCUAGGAAACACUGUCACCACCGAUAAAUCUACGAUAAUCGAGAAUUUCAAUAAGCAUUUUGCCACGGCUGUCCAUGCUUUCCACCUGGCUACCCCUACCCCGGCCACCAGCUCUGCACCCUCCGCUGCAACUUGCCCAUGCCCCCCCCCCCCCCCCCACCCGCUUCUCCUUCACCCAAAUUCAGAUAGCUGAUGUUCUAAAAGAGCUGCAAAAUCUGGACCCCUACAAAUCAGCUGGGCUAGACAAUCUGGACCCUUUCUUUCUCAAAUUAGCCGCCGAAAUUGUAGCAACCCCUAUUACUAGCCUGUUCAACCUCUCUUUCGUAUCAUCUGAGCUCACUAGAGAUUGGAAAGCUGCCGCGGUCAUCCCCCUCUUCAAAGGGGGUGACACUCUAGAUCCAAACUGUUACAGACCUAUAUCCAUCCUGCCCUGCCUUUCGAAAAUAUUUGAAAGCCAAGUGAACAAACAGAUCACCGACCAUUUCGAAUCCCACCGUACCUUCUUCACUAUGCAAUCUGGUUUCUGAGCUGGUCAUGGGUGCACCUCAGCCACGCUCAAGGUCCUAAACGAUAUUAUAACCGCGAUCGAUUAAAAGACAGUACUGUGCAGCCGUCUUCAUCGACCUGGCCAAGGCUUCACCGCAUUCUUAUUGGCAGACUAAAUAGCCUUGGUUUCUCAAAUGUCUGCCUCGCCUGGUUCACCAACUACUUCUCAGAUAGAGUUCAAUUUGUCAAAUCGGAGGGCCUGUUGUCUGGACCUCUGGCAGUCUCUAUGGGGGUGCCACAGGGUUCAAUUCUCGGGCCGACUCUUUUCUCUGUGUAUAUCAAUGAUGUCGCUCUUGCUGCUGGUAACUCUCAGAUCCACCUCUACGCAGACGACACCAUUUUGUAUACAUCUGGCCCUUCAUUGGACACUGUGUUAACAAACCUCCAAAUGAGCUUCAAUGCCAUACAACACUCCUUCCGUGGCCUCCAACUGCUCUUAAACACUAGUAAAACUAAAUGCAUGCUCUUCAAUCGAGCACUACUUGCACCCGCCUGCCCGACUAGAAUUACUACUCUCGGCGGCUCUGACUUAGAAUAUGUGGACAACUACAAAUACCUAGGUGUCUGGUUAGACCGUAAACUCUCCUUCCAGACUCACAUUAAGCAUCUCCAAUCCAAAGUUAAAUCUAGAAUCAGCUUCCUAUUUCGCAACAAAGCCUCCUUCACUCAUGCUGCUAAACAUGCUCUCAUAAAACGGACUAUCCUACCGAUCCUUGACUUCGGCGAUGUCAUUUACAAAAUAGCUUCCAACACUCUACUCAGCAAAUUUAAUGUAGUCUAUCACAGCGCCAUCCGUUUUGUCACCAAAGCCCCAUAUACUACCCACCAUUGUGACCUGGAUGCUCUCGUUGGCUGGCCCUCACUACAUAUUCGUCGCCAAACCCACUGGCUCCAGGUCCUCUAUAAAUCACUGCUAGGCAAAUCCCCCCUUAUCUUAGCUCAUUGGUCACCAUAGCAACACCCACCCGUAGUCUAUAAUUUUAAUGGUAGGUUAAUUUGAACAGUGGGAGACAGAAUAACAACAAAAAAUUCCAGAAAAACACAUGUCAAAAAUGUUAUAAAUUGAUUUGCAUUUUUAAUGAGGGAAAUAAGUAUUUGACCCCUCUGCAAAACAUGACUUAGUACUUGGUGGCAAAACCCUUGUUGGCAAUCACAGAGGUCAGAUGUUUCUUGUAGUUGGCCACCAGGUUUGCACACAUCUCAGGAGGGAUUUUGUCCCACUCCUCUUUGCAGAUCUUCUCCAAGUCAUUAAGGUUUUGAGCCUGACGUUUGGCAACUCAAACCUUCAGCUCCCUCCACAGAUUUUCUAUGGGAUUAAGGUCUGGAGACUGGCUAGGCCACUCCAGGACCUUAAUGUGCUUCUUCAUGAGCCACUCCUUUGUUGCCUUGGCCAUGUGUUUUGGGUCAUUGUCAUGCUGGAAUUCCCAUCCACGAACCAUUUUCAAUGCCCUGGCUGAGGGAAGGAGGUUCUCACCCAAGAUUUGACGGUACAUGGCCCCGUCCAUCGUCCCUUUGAUGCGGUGAAGUUGUCCUGUCCCCUUAGCAGAAAAACACCCCCAAAGCAUAAUGUUUCCACCUCCAUGUUUGACGGUGGGGAUGGUGUUCUUGGGGUCAUAGGCAGCAUUCCUCCUCCUCCUAAACACGGCGAGUUGAGUUGAUGCCAAAGAGCUCCAUUUUGGUCUCAUCUGACCACAACACUUUCACCCAGUUCUCCUCUGAAUCAUUCAGAUGUUCAUUGGCAAACUUCAGACAGGCCUGUAUAUGUGCUUUCUUGAGCAGGGGGACGUUGCGGGCACUGCAGGAUUUCAGUCCUUCACGGCGUAGUGUGUUACCAAUUGGUUUCUUGGUGACUAUGGUCCCAGAUGCCUUGAGAUCAUUGACAAGAUGCUCCUGCGUAGUUCUGGGCUGCUUCCUCACCUUUCUCAUGAUCAUUGCAACACCACGAGGUGAGAUCUUUCAUGGAGCCCCAGGCCGAGGGAGAUUGACAGUUGUUUUGUGUUUCUUCCAUUUGCAAAUAAUCGCACCAACUGUUGUUACCUUCUCACCAAGCUGCUUGGCGAUGGUCUUGUAGCCCAUUCCAGCCUUGUGCAGGUCUACAAUCGUGUCCCUGAUAUCCUUGGAGAGCUCUUUGGUCUUGGCCAUGGUGGAGAGUUUGGAAUCUGAUUGAUUGAUUGCUUCUGUGGACAGGUGUCUUUUAUACAGGUAACAAACUGAGAUUAGGAGCACUCCCUUUAAGAGUGUGCUCCUAAUCUCAGCUCGUUACCUGUAUAAAAGACACCUGGGAGCCAGAAAUCUUUCUGAUUGAGAGGGGUUUAAAUACUUAGUUCCCUCAUUAAAAUGCAAAUCAAUUUAUAACAUUUUUGACAUGCGUUUUUCUGGAUUUUGUUGUUGUUAUUCUGUCUCUCACUGUUCAAAUUAACCUACCAUUAAAAUUAUAGACGGAUAAUUUCUUUGUCAGUGGGCAAACUUACAAAAUCAGCAGGGGAUCAAAUACUUUUUUCCCUCACUGUAUAUCUCACUGGUCAUCCCCAAAGCCAACACCUCCUUUGGCCGCCACUCCUUCCAGUUCUCUGCUGCUAAUGACUGGCACGAACUGCAAAAAUCUCUGAAGCUGGAGACUCUUAUCUCCCUCACUAACUUUAAGCAUCAGUUGUCAGAGCAGCUUAACGAUCACUGCACCUGUACACAGCCCAUCUGUAAUUAGCCCACCCAACUACCUCAUCCCCAUAUUGUUAUUUAUUUUGCUAAUUUGCACCCCAGUAUCUCUAUUUGCACAUCAUCUUCUGCACAUCUAUCACUCCAGUGUUAAUACUAAAUUGUAAUUAUUUUGCACUAUGGCCUAUUUAUUGCCUUACCUCCAUAACUUACUACAUUUGCACACACUGUAUAUAGAUUUUCUAUUGUGUUAUUGACUGUAUAUUUUUGUUUAUCCCAUGUGUAACUCUGAGUUGUUGUUGUUUUUAUCGCACUGCUUUGCUUUAUCUUGGCCAGGUCACAGUUGUAAAUGAGAACUUGUUCUCAACUGGCCUACCUGGUUAAAUAAAGGUGAAAAAAAUAUUUUAAAAGUCUCUGUUCGCAGCAGGGCCACUUAUGGAACAUUCAUGUGGACUCAGUCUCCAUGUGGACUCAGCUGGUUUCAUUUCAUCUCUUCACAUUCCCACUAAUAGGCUUUUAUUUUUACUCUAUAUUGAUACUCACCCAAGACAAGAACUCAACUAAGUGAAUCCCCUUUGCAAAAUGAAACCCCUUCAAAGUUUACUAACAGCUGUCCAUGGUAACCCUAAAGUGUUCUCCGCUAACCCUAAUGCGAUGUACGGUUGUCUAUACCCCUCACACAUGCUUAAGUGAGGGACUCAAGGCUGUACUUAUGUCUGUCCAUAAAUUAAGGAGUGCUUCAACUGCUGAACAUAUUAGUAUGUGUCAGUGGGUUCAGACGUGUGCAUGCAACUGAUUGACCUGCCACAGUGUGUGUGUGUUUCCUCCUUGCAUGUCCUCAGUGCUGCUUAAUGUGUUAUGGUUCUGAGUCUUUAUGACUAAUUGUCAUGUCUAUAGAAGGAUUAGGAGUGGUCUGUCUGUCUGUCUAUUUGCUAACCGGCCCAGACUAUGAGCACCAGACAGACCCUGGUCAAUGGCUCCAGUCUCCUCCAGUUUCUGCGUGACACAAAUACAAUGUUGGUCAGUUGGUUGGUUGUGAUGCUCGUUAUUCACCAUGACCACGUUUUCCUCCAUUGCAAAAGGCCUCAUGACAAACGGAACAAUAACGGAAACAAUAACACUAGCAUCCACCACUUCCACCCUGGUGAGACCAAAAUAUGUGCCGCCCGCCUAAUACGAGCCAGCUGUGUUCUGGCUGGAGGGAAUUAAAACAUGGCCUAUACAAAUCCCAUUGCCAAAGGGAGUACAGACACUCAGGGAAAGUAUGUGGUGCUGGCCGGGUGAUAUUUGUCAAGUCAUACUUGUUUAGGAAAGAUGCAAAAAUUACAACAAUGCCAUUGGUUAACAAGGAGGGCUUUUUUGUGGUAAUUGAAAAUACUGAACUCAUGAAAGUGUGGUCAGAAAAUGAUGAGGUCAACUGGGUUAGAACGAGCUGCGAGUCAGACGGAGAACAAUGUACAGUGGGGUAAAAAAGUAUUUAGUCAGCCACCAAUUGUGCAAGUUCUCCCACUUAAAAAGAUGAGAGAGGCCUGUAAUUUUCAUCAUAGGUACACGUCAACUAUGACAGACAAAUUGAGGAAAAAAAAUCCAGAAAAUCACAUUGUAGGAUUUUUUAUGAAUUUAUUUGCAAAUUAUGGUGGAAAAUAAGUAUUUGGUCACCUACAAACAAGCAAGAUUUCUGGCUGUCACAGACCUGUAACUUCUUCUUUAAGAGGCUCCUCUGUCCUCCACUCGUUACCUGUAUUAAUGGCACCUGUUUGAACUUGUUAUCAGUAUAAAAGACACCUGUCCACAACCUCAAACAGUCACACUCCAAACUCCACUAUGGCCAAGACCAAAGAGCUGUCAAAGGACACCAGAAACAAAAUUGUAGACCUGCACCAGGCUGGGAAGACUGAAUCUGCAAUAGGUAAGCAGCUUGGUUUGAAGAAAUCAACUGUGGGAGCAAUUAUUAGGAAAUGGAAGACAUACAAGACCACUGAUAAUCUCCCUCGAUCUGGGGCUCCACGCAAGAUCUCACCCCGUGGGGUCAAAAUGAUCACAAGAACGGUGAGCAAAAAUCCCAGAACCACACGGGGGGACCUAGUGAAUGACCUGCAGAGAGCUGGGACCAAAGUAACAAAGCCUACCAUCAGUAACACACUACGCCGCCAGGGACUCAAAUCCUGCAGUGCCAGACGUGUCCCCCUGCUUAAGCCAGUACAUGUCCAGGCCCGUCUGAAGUUUGCUAGAGUGCAUUUGGAUGAUCCAGAAGAGGAUUGGGAGAAUGUCAUAUGGUCAGAUGAAACCAAAAUAUAACUUUUUGGUAAAAACUCAACUCGUCGUGUUUGGAGGACACAUCCAAAGAACACCAUACCUACUGUGAAGCAUGGGGGUGGAAACAUCAUGCUUUGGGGCUGUUUUUCUGCAAAGGGACCAGGACGACUGAUCCGUGUAAAGGAAAGAAUGAAUGGGGCCAUGUAUCGUGAGAUUUUGAGUGAAAACCUCCUUCCAUCAGCAAGGGCAUUGAAGAUGAAACGUGUCUGGGUCUUUCAGCAUGACAAUGAUCCCAAACACACCGCCUGGGCAACGAAGGAGUGGCUUCGUAAGAAGCAUUUCAAGGUCCUGGAGUGGCCUAGCCAGUCUCCAGAUCUCAACCCCAUAAAAAAUCUUUGGAGGGAGUUGAAAGUCCGUGUUGCCCAGCGACAGCUCCAAAACAUCACUGCUCUAGAGGAGAUCUGCAUGGAGCAAUGGGCCAAAAUACCAGCAACAGUGUGUGAAAACCUUGUGAAGACUUACAGAAAACGUUUGACCUGUGUCAUUGCCAACAAAGGGUAUAUAACAAAGUAUUGAGAAACUUUUGUUAUUGACCAAAUACUUAUUUUCCACCAUAAUUUGCAAAUAAAUUCAUUAAAAAUCCUACAAUGUGAUUUUCUAGAUUUAUUUUUCUCAUUUUGUCUGUCAUAGUUGACGUGUACUUAUGAUGAAAAUUACAGGCCUCUCUCAUCUUUUUAAGUGGGAAAACUUGCACAAUUGGUGGCUGACUAAAUACAAUUAUCCUAUCAGAAGCUUCUAAAGCCAUGACAUCAUUUUCUGGAAUUUUCCAAACUGUUUAAAGGCACAGUCAACUUAGUGUAUGUAAACUUUUGACCCACUGGAAUUGUGAUACAAUUAAUUAUAAGUUAAAUAAUCUGUCUGUAAACAAUUGUUGGAAAAGUUACUUGUGUCAUGCACAAAAUAGAUGUCAUAACCGAUUUUCCAAAACUAUAGUGUGUUAACAAGACAUUUGUGGAGUGGUUGAAAAACAAGUUUUAAUGACUCCAACCUAGUGUAUGUAAACUUCCGACUUCAACUGUACAAACAACCAAGUAGCAGCCAGACAGCCUUGGAGCGGAGCGAUGGAUAGAACGGGAGGAAAAGACAAAGGGAAUCAGAGAGGCAAGACAGAUAGAUACUGUGAGAGAUGGAUGGACGGAGAGAGCAAGAGAGAGAGAGAGGGAUUGUGUGGAGGGUUGGGUGUAUGUUGCCAGUAUGUUACCCUCUGUUUUUACAUUCUCGUGGCAAGCCAGACCACAGCGCUCUCUUUGUUCUCCCAGGCGAUCCUUAUCAAUGCCAGUGGUGAAGCCUGCUACCGCAGACUCCCAGUCUAUCCACUCACACUCCACUCAGCUGCACUGUGGGUUACAGGCACAUUCAUCCAGAUCCAGCUAGCGCAUCUGAUCGGCCAUCUUGGAUCUUGGAUGGGAGUCUGAUCAACAGGCUUUGUAUGCCUGACUGUAUUGUUAACAUCACUACGGGGAAGAAAGCAGCCAAAAUACCUUUUGUGGUCAUCUUUGGGGAAAAAACACAAAGGCUAGAGAAAGUUUCUGUUGUAGUCUCCUUUCACUAUAAUAAUGAGAGCUUUUGUCCCACUGUUGGUCUUUGAGAGGCUUAAUUUCAGAGUGGGGGUUUUAAUAUAGAAUAGCACUGUGAUUAAGCUGCGGAGCAAAGUACCUGUCUUCGAUGCCAACCACUUAAACAACCAAAAACAGCAACGCGCUGGCAAGCUGCGUUAUUAUUCUAGAUGAAUAACAAGAUCGGACAAACUAUGCGAACAAUGUCUUAACAGGCUGCAUUACAAACAAAACAAUCAGUUGGUGGUAUUAAAACACAGGCUCUUCAAACAAAAGGCAGACUUACAGAAAGCAAGACAUUAAAAUGGGGCUCUGCCAGUGAAAUAGCAUUGCGAAACAGUGGAAGGAAAAUGCAUGAUAGACCAUAUGACCAAAAGUAUGUGGACACCUGCUCGUCGAACAUCUCAUUCCAAAAUCAUGGCCAUUAAAAUGGACUUGGUCCCCCCUUUGCUGCUAUAACAGUCUCCACUCUUCUGGGAAGGCUUUCCACUAGAUAUUGGAAUAUUGCUGUGAGGACUUGCUUCCAUUCAGCCACAAGAACAUUAGUGAGGUCAAGCACUGAUGUUGGGGAAUUAGGCCUGGCUCGCAGUCGGCGUUCCAAUUCAUCUCAAAGGUGUUCGAUGGGGUUGAGGUCAGCACUCUGUGCAGGCCAGUCAAGUUGUUCCACACGUUCUCGACAAACCAUUUCUGUAUGGACAUCGCUUUGUGCAUGGGGGGCAUUGUCAUGCUGAAACAGGAAAGGACCUUCCACAAAGUUGAAAAACAGUCCCAGACCAUUAUUCCUCUAUGCAUUCGGGCAAGUAGCGUUCUCCUGGCAUCCGCCAAACCCAGAUUCUUCCGUCGAACUGCCAGAUGGUGAAGCGUGAUUCAUCACUCCAGAGAACGCGUUUCCACUGCUCCAGAGUCCAAUGGCGGUGAGCUUUACAUCACUCCAGCCAACGCUUGGCAUUGCACAUGGUGAUCUUAGGCUUGUGUGCGGAAACCCAUUUCAUGAAGCUCCCGACAAACAGUUAUUGUGCUGACAUUGCUUCCAGAGGCAGUUAGUGUUGUGAGUGUUAGUUAGUGAGUGUUGCAACCGAGGACAGACCAUUUUUACUCACUACACGCUACAGCACUCAGCGGUCCCGUUCUGUGAGCAUGUGUGGCCUACCACUUCGCAGCUGAGCCGUUGUUGCUCCUAGACGUUUCCACUUCACAAUAACAGCACUUACAGUUGACCUGGGCAGCUCUAACAUGGCAGAAAUUUGACGAACUGACUUGUUGGAAAGGUGGCAUCCUAUGAAGGUGCCACAUUGAAAAUCACUGAGCUCUUUAGUAAGACCAUUCUACUGGCAGUGUUUGUCUAUGGAGAUUGCAUGGCAGUUUGCUCAAUUUUAUACACCUGUCAGCAACGGGUGUGGCUGAAAUAGCCGAAUCCACUAAUUUGAAGGGGUGUCCACAUACUUUGUAUAUAUAGUGUAUUUGUUGUUUUGCAUUUUCAAUCAUGAACAAUAUUCAUUUUCACUGAUGUAUUCUUCUGGACAAACCGUCCUAUUCCCAUCGGUUUUGCAGUUUAGAUAAUGGUCAAUUUUGAUGAUUCACAGAAAUGAGUUUAAAAAAACAGUCAGUCCAAAUAUUUUUUUUUUUUAGAACAUUACUUUGUUUUCAUUCAUCUUCCCCAACACACUUUUAUCGAUGAGCCACCAUUUCAACUUAAAGUAUAGACCCUAGAAAUAGAAUGCAAAGAUUAACAAGUACUGCUUGACUUUAUCCAUGCCAAUGGACCAUCAAGGUAUGGUUAAUUUGGGAUUGUCCAAUCAGCUCUGGCUGGACAUUCCAGCAUCCUUACAUGCACAUAUCCAUUUAUGCACGUUGGUAGUUCAUGUCUCAUUGACAGCCAUCAUCUCUCUAAAAGCUACUCCUAUGAGACAGACUGGACGACCUACAGUACAGCACUUCACAGGAGACCAUCUCUCCAAUGAUCUAGCAGCACCCUAUGACAUCAGGGAGCAACAUGGCUGUACUGUACUAGCCACUGCCACUGGGAGGUCCUGGGGUACUCUAGGUACUCUGAGGCCUUAAUAUAUGAGCAGGAACUCCGUCGUCAGAGGAAGUUAGAGUUCCAUUUACGGGAGCUAUUAGGUGUUUUGGCAGUGCUGCCAACAAGCUGGUCUGUCCUCUGCUGUAGCUUCACCUACCAGGCAGGGCCACUUACUGACCUAAUGGAAUCCCCUGGAAUCCUCACCCGCUCCUGAGUCCUGGGUCCUGACCUGGCUCUGAGUUGUGGCUUUUUUCAAACAGAGUUCAGGGGCUGUCAACAUUGGCUUAUAGAAAUGCUGUGCAAAGUGUAGGAAACAGGUACACUGGGUAAACUCUGUACAUCUAGCUUUGAAAGGAGGUUGGGAUGGGAUGGCUGGAGCAACAUAGGGUUUUUUUCAGUGUCAAGAGGCCUGUUUCUUUUGAGCUCCUUUGUUUUCACUCAUACGGUAAGAGUACAUAUGAAUGUGGUUUUAAAAAGGUUGUUAAUUGUUGUAGACAUAUUAAAGAUGUCAGCUCUAAUAUUAUUUAUAUUCUUUGUUUAUUCUCUCUCUUUCUCUUUCUCUCUCAGGUUCACUCUAUAUGCUGUGGAUAGUCGAGGGAGUCGUUCAGAGUCUAGCUUCGUCUCAGUUCGGACCUCUUGUCCCAUGGUAGACGACAGCAGAGCAGAAGGUACUCCUUCUCACACUCCCCUUUCACACUUCAUUUUCUCUUGCUAUACUCUGUCCAUCCCAAAACCUUUACACAUCCAUCCCUAUCUCUCUCCAAUAGACAAUAUCACUUUUUUAUUCUUAUUUUAUUUAUUUAUUCUAGCACCAGAGUUAUCACCAGCACCUAGGUUUUACUUGUGAUAGUGAUCUUGGGUUGACUUGCCCACCUUAAUUUGAUAUCCUUAUCCCAAGAUCACCUGUGUCUUUCAAAUGAGUGUCUUCCAAAUGACUUCUCCCCUCUUCGUCCUCCUCCUGUGUCAGAGAUAGCAGACAAGGUGUAUAACCUGUACAAUGGCUACACCAGCGGCAAGGAGCAGCAGACGGCCUACAACACUCUGAUGGAGAUUCCGCCUCCGCUGCUUUACAGGGUGCAGCACCACUACAACUCCCACUAUGAGAAGUUUGGAGACUUCGUCUGGCGGAGCGAAGACGAGCUGGGACCCAGGUAAGGCUUGGAAAGGCUUGGACACUUCUCAGGUGUCACUGUGAUUCUGGUGUCCCCACAACAUCUGGUGUCACCUUUUGCUUGGCAUCAGUGUCACUUCAAAUGUCAUCUUCCGCUGUCUGUGUGGGAAGUAUCUUAGAAAAUGGUGACAUGUUGUUUUCUGUGUCCAAAGGUUCCUUGCUGUGGCGCAGAUAAAAUAUUUAAUUUGUAACAGAUUCUCCCAUUGGCCCACAGAUUUCAGGUAGAAGUCACAGUCUACCUAAUUGGUCCAGAUACUUAAUCUGUUACUAAGUUUACCUAUUUGAGCUAGCAGAACUGCAGUGUUUAUGAUCAUGAAGUAAAAAGGCAAUAAUCACUAACAUUCUCAAGAAUGUCUUGGGGUUCUAGGCAGCCUUUGCCAAAAAACCCAUGAUCGUUUUCACCAUCAUCUUCAGUUUUCUGAAAUGUUUAAUCUUUCCAUUCCAGUGGAUUUGAGAACGGUCGCCUUCCAACCCUGUAACAUGAAGUUGUUUUUACAGAAGUCUCAUAUAUCAAGUCAAUAAUUUGAAUGUGUCGGUUACUAUAACUCCAUUGUUUCUUCAUCCAUCUUCAAAAAGGUGGAUCAUGCCUGUAGACACACGUAGACAUACACACACCUAACAUGUGCAUGUAUUCAUACCCUCACAGACGUGCACCACACACAUAUACGUAAGCACACAGACACACAUGCACACACAUGCAUGUAAAAACACACACGCACACAUACACUCUCUCUCUCACACACACAUACACACACACGUGCAAACCACACGAACACACAAACACCCUGGUCAGCAGUAAUUUUGGACAGCAAAAUAUUGGUUUAGGCUUUCGCUGCAAAUUCAGGCCCAUAAAACCAAUCAUGAACAGGUUUGUUCCAUUGGAGUACCAUCUUAUAAGGACAUAAAUCUCAUUAAAUAAUCCACACGCCAUAUAUUUUCAUUUACUCAAGUUCAUCAGAUAUUUUUAUUUCCUCUCAUUUACCUUUUUAUCAGAUUAUGGACCCAAUUGGUGACUGGACAAGUGCUAAAUCUACAAAUUACAGCCUUAUUAUUACAAGGGAGCCUAGGGCGUAGCCAAUGGUCUUGGGCACAUGGAAUGGGAGUGGCCCGGUGUUGGCAGUUCACGAGUGUUGCGGUUAAUAGGGACUGCACUGUUUGUGUAUAGUGUGGAAUACUCAUUCAUAAAACCAACUUCUCUGGUUACCCGUAAAGGCCUGAAGCCCCCAGUAAACGCAGGAAUGAUUUCAUAACCACGUCAGGAAAGCGUUGCUCCGAUUCCCCGGGCUAGGACUCUUUACCCACACAGAGCUGGAGGACUAGACUGAACCCAAGGGCUCCUUUCAAUCCAACCUGCACUGGCGUAUUUGCGGUUUUGUUUUCUACAAGUGUUUUCUAAGAGUUUGCAGUGGUCUCCUGGAGCCAAUGAGAAGCCGUUUUUUCCUGUGAAUGAUUACCCAAUCAACCAAUUGAGAAGCCUAUAUUUCUCAUGAUUAGCCAGUCAACUGAUUGCUUACUGUUUAAUUUGGAGUUAACCCACAAGCUCCCUAAACUCAAUAAAAGCUUAAACUUUUGAAUCAUAUGAUUGAUAAGCAUACAAAUGCUCAGUUGACCUGAAAAGACCAGGGAAAAUAUGUAGUAUGAGGGCUGAAUCCAAGGCAUUUGGAUGACUGACAGUGUACUGUUAUUUACUCCCUGAAAUUGGCAGGGCAGGGCCUUGUUGGGUUAUGUGCACAUGACAUUCACUUCUGACAUUCGCAUCAAUCAGGGUAAGAUUUCACAUCAAUCGCUUUAAGAUUAUACAGGGAUUGAUGUGAGAUUUGCAUAAGAUUUAUGAGAUGCGUUUACGACUUCAUGUGUGUCCUCAGAAUGGGCAGUGUAAUGUAUUUGCUAUCUGUUGUUAUGGGGGUUCAAUGGGGUUCAAUACACAUUGGGCUGGUAGUGUCUGGCUCGCUCUCCUUUAGAUGAUAGCACUCAAGACCAGGCAUUAUCUACUGGGACUGCCUGGGGAUCCAGGGUAUCACCAAACUAAUGGCAUUCAUGUCAUACCAGGCAUGUGUGUGCACGCAAACACAUACACACACACACACACACACACACACACACACACACACAUACCCAGACCUCCACUCGCUGCAAUUAUCCAUUAUGGUGGUCUUCCAGCCUUACAGGGCUAGAAUAGAGAUUACGUUUAUAGACAGAUGUAGACAAUGCAUGUGUCAUACUCAUCUUGAGUUGUUGGCACUUAGAACUGAAGGGUACUACAGACACGUACAAAUGGUAUAUCCUUUUCUCUCUACCAAUUCAACGUCCUGGUACAGCAUUUUUUCAAUAUAGCAUAAAAGGCUAAAAUAACUUUUGAAUGUCCAAAUCUAUAAACACUUCUAUGUACAGUAUGUGGUCUGUUUAUGUGUUGGUUUGUUUGAUAACUAUUGUCAUUAACAGUUAUUUAACUCUUACAUAACGAAGGUAUAGAUGUCCCCAUUGACUUUUGAAGAUUAGGGCAUUUGGGUUUUCCUGUCUUUGCAUGCCUUCUGUAAGCAGAAGCCGAGUUGUGCAAUCAGCCUUUUUUAAGUGUUUCUUUGGGGAAGCGAAUUGGUAAGGUCAGCUUUGACUAUGAGGUUACAUACUUGUUUCGAAUUACAGCCCCUAUGCCAAACACCACUCUUACGCCAAGCCAAACACUACAUUUGACAGUCAACGAACACUAACUAAACUUUCAAGUCCAUUUCCUCCUCAUUCUCAUAAAGAUUUCCUGCUGACCCCCGCCUCGGUCUGCCCCCCGAAACAGACCACCCCCGACAAAGCAGUUUUAUGUGAAUAGACACAGGGGACAUUAGCAUGAAAUGGAGAUGGAAAAACUACCGGCUGAAAAAAAGAAAAUAUUUGGACAGACUCCAGGUUAGGACUCCAGCAGUUCAAUAGUUUUGCGAUGAUGGCAACAUUGGGUUUAAAGUUUCAGGCCCCGUGUUUUGUUUUGUCCACAUCCAUUGCCUGGAAGCGCUCUCCGGCAGCCAUAAAUAAUAUCAUACAUUUGGAAAAAGUUUGUCUUAAAGGAAGAUUAUGUUUUUUCUUUAUUCUGUGAUUUGGAAAGGGAAGGUGGCUUUUGCGGGGACCGAGGGGGAGAUUAGGGAGUAUGUCGGACUCCUGAAGAAGGCAUUUGGAUGACUGACAGUGUAGGAUUAUUUACUGCCUGAAAUUGGCAGCGCAGGGCCUUGUUGGGUUAAUAUAUGAGCCGGCUCUAUUAGUGGUGCCUUUUUAAAAGGUAACAGUGUGGCUAAGUGAAAUGUGAGCACUCAGCAUUUACUCACUAUGUCAGGAGAUCUGAGAGACUGACGGAGUUACACUGAGACCCAGCCACCGACCGCUAGCAUUGUAGCAUUGUAGCAUUGUCACAGUCAGCUCUUACAGUCGCACAACCGCACAUAUUUCUUGCUCUCGCCAUACUCUACAUGUACUGUACAGUGUGUUUAUAUCGAUGCAUUAGGUAAAUUGUGCUCAAUGUUAUUGUAUGUCUUUAUGCAGGUUGUUUUUCUGCUUUGGUUUCCAUACAGAUAUAGGAUCUUAAUUUGAGCCAGUUUGCUACAGCAGGAAAAUAAUCCUGCAGCAAGAGGAAAUGUGAAUUAUUAUGUGGAUUAUAAUUAAUGGAAUUUUUUUUAGGUGUUGAUACAUUUUUCGUAAGGAAAAAUCAAGUCUGAAAAUGUCAAAGUAGAAAUUACAAACCUCAAAUACACUGCAAGUUUUACAUUUCCUGCAUUGCAGGAAAGGUCUUCUGCAACAGGGUGAUCAAAUUAAGACCCUACAUCUGUAUGUAUUCAUAUUCAGUCAUUUCUGCUGUAGCAACAGUUUCGCACAAAUCUUGAGUGUUUUAUUCUCUUGGAAAGGUGCUAUUGGCUUACGUUACUCUAUUGUAUUUAUUGGAUGAAACAAAUGGGUUCUAUUCACAAUUGUAUGAUCAUCUUACACCAUCCUGAUAAGAUAAAUGAAUACAGCUGGAACCAAACAGAAAGGGCUGCCUCUCUGGUACUGUAUCUUUAGGACUUUGUGAGUUAUGAUCUCCAAUAUGAACCUCUCUUGAUGAAUAUGUAGGCAUUAUUAACCCCCAGUCUUCAAUUCACCCUCUUGCACGAGGCCCACUUGCUCAUAUGUUUGGUGUUAUGUUGUUCUAGGCAGUGGAAUUUGAAGAAAGAAAUAAGGAAAAAAGGUUGCCCUUUUUCUAACAAGCAAGUGAAAAGGUUGUCUGUGCUCCUAGCUUAACCAAAGACUGAUGCUGAUGCUUAACAGACACCCACUUCUCCAAACAAAUGGAAAAUGCCUCUAUCUAUUUUUGAUAUUUGUAUCUGUUCAUUUCAACCUAACAACAUUCAAGACACAUCACACAGAAGAGGUGAGAAUGAAGUAUGUGAGAAUGUCGAGUACUGUAAGGGAAUGAGUCCAAGUGUGUUUGUGUGUGCACAUGUGUGCGUGCGCACUGUGUGCGCUGCCUGUGUGUGUGUGUGUGCGCGUGCAUGCACGCUUACAGCAGUUUAUCUGCCUGUCCUGUCUACCUUGAGCUGGCCUCUAACAUACCCCCCUCUCGCCAGCGACAUGAGCAGGCUGCCAACACACACUGGAGACAGACCUCCUCUCUACUCUAGUCUGGAAUUCAAUCAAACCUGCUCUGCAACUAACCCACACUGCAGAUACACAUGAAUGAACCUGUUCGUUUUCUAGACUGCUGUUGAAUAAUUAUUCGAGAAAAUAAUAGUUACAAGUUAAUGUGCAGGUAAAGUAGUUUGCCAAGUUCCUGCAGUGGUGGCGGUGAUGAGGAGGAGGAGGAGGAGGAUGAUGAUGAUGUUGGUGGUGGUGAUGAUGAGGAUGGGGGCACGGGGCAUGGCUAAUUAUAUACACUACGGUACAAUACUUGCCUUAUUGGUCCAUUUGCAUGGAUAUUCUUUAAUUAUUGCUGCCACAUUACCCAACCUGACAAAAAACACACACACAUCACAGGCUGCCAUAGCAGCGCCCCUGGAGCAAAUAGGGCCUUGCUUAAGGGCACAAUGGCAGUAGAUAGUAUAUAGGAUGUUGAAGCCUCCAGUUGCCGGCUCACUCCCUGCAAAUUUCUCCCCAGCCAGCUCGGGGAUUCGAACAGGCAAUCCUCUGGUUACCCUGUUAUUACUGAGCUGUAAAGGGUGAAGUGCUACCGGUAUUUAAAUCACCAUGAAGAAGAAAAAAAAAUUAAAAAAUGACAACACUGCUGAUGCUGACAUUAAUACUAAUGAUGACUGUUAUGCAUCUCUCCCCCCCUAGAAAAGCCCACCUGAUCCUGCGCAGGGUGGAAAGGAUCAGCCGGUACUGCCGUGCCCUGCUCCGCAGCGCCUACAUCCAGAGCCGCACCGACACCAUGGCCUACAUGUUCUGUCGCAGCGAGGAGGUUCAGCCCCCUAGCAGCGUGUGGCACGGCUCCCUGCAAGAGACCCGCACCGCCUGCAUGGAGAAACUGAUCUCAGUACAGCGCAACACAUACGGCAACGCCAAGCUCCGAUGA